GAGAGUUUGAUGUGGGGCUCAGAACUCUCACUCCUGUAGGUGAGUCUCUGUGAACCAGUUAGUUUCCAGUCUGUGGGGUAUGGGUUUGUUUAUAUAGUGAAAUCGCCCUCCUACCUCUUGAUGUGGCCUUCUCUUUUUCUUCUAGAGUGGAAUAUCUUUUUUAAGGUUUCUGGUCCAUUUGGGUGAAGACUGUUCAGGCUUUAUUUGUGAAUUUUGUUGUUUUUAGGAGAGAAGUUGAGCUCCAGUCCUAUUCUGCCAUCCUAAUCCCAUCUCCCAACAUGUUAAAAUUAUGUUCAAUAUAUAAGAGGUUAAAUUAUGGUAUAAAAAUACUGUGGAAUUCUAUGCAUCCUUUAAAGGAAGUGGGUCUAUAUAUUCUGAUGUAAACAGGAUGUUAUUAGUUAGAAAAAAGUUGAACACAAUAUAAGACAUAAUUCUAUAUAUGUUAAAUUAUUUUAAAUGUUAUACACAUGUAUGUUUCAUUUGUAUAUAUGUAAUAAUAUCUAUUAUUGUGUUGCAUUGUUCUAAACAUGCUAAUGAAUGACUUCAUUUAAUUCACUCACCCUAUCUAUCACCAUUAUGCAGAUAAGGAAACAGAGGCACAGAGAACUUAAGUAACUUUUGUCAGAUGAGAUUUAAACUGUGGCAUUCUAACUCCUGAAUUACCAUUUAUCUACGUAGAGAAAGAAGACUGGAAGUAAGUGCAGUGUUAAAAGUGCUUACCCUGAGGCAGUGGGAGGGGAACUAGUAAGUGUCCAUACUUAUUUCCAUAUUGGUUGAAUCUUUUACAAAAUAUGUUCGUCAUUUACUUAACUUAUUUUUAAAGGAGGAAAAAAAGUUUGGUAAGGACCUAACUUGUGUUCCGCUAUGUAAACAAAUUUUAAGAUAAUUUGUAAGUAAGAAAAAUUGUGGAGAACUUUUUUUCUUUACUUUCCAGGUUCCUCCACUUAAGUUGAGUGAGAAGUUUUGAGGUUUUUGUGCUAUCUCUUUGUUUUUUAAUUUUUUUGGUAUUACAUUGGUGCAUCAUGUAUCAAUUUCAUUAUCAUAGAUAACCCAGUUACAUAUUAAGUGUUAGUAAUCACCUAGUAUUUUACAACCUCAGUUGUAGUUAUAAAGUAAGUAUUCCACAUACCUCCUAACAGUUCCUUGAAGAUGGAGCUGGCUUGGCAUUUAGUCUCUAUUGUCCUCCUAAGUUUUUCUUGCUGGGGAUUAGACUGGGAAUCUGAUAGAAACUUCAUUUUAGCUGCUGGUCCUCUAACCACUGACUUGCUAUACGACCUGAGGGGUCCACUGGGACACCAGGAUUCUCACUGAGCAGGAGACAAAGGUAUUUAUGUGUGUCGCCAGCCACUGCCUGCUUUCUUGCCAGAGUAUUUUAGCAGUGUUCGUGCCAGUAUGAUCACCCACUAUAAGGUAUUUCUACCUUGGGCACAACUUCUCCCAGAAGGAAGCUCCAAGAACCCAGACAAGGGAAUGGUGCAGUGCUACCGGCAACUCCUUGAGGCCCGGACUGCUCAACUUCAGCCCCUGGUGGUCCUGCACCACCAGACCCUCCCUGCCAGCACCGUCCAGAGAAGUGAGGCCUUUGCUGAUCUCUUUGCUGACUAUGCCUCCUUCGUCUUCCACUCUUUUGGGGACCUAGUUAAGAUCUGGUUCACUUUUAGUGACUUGGAGGAGGUGAUAACAGAACUUCCCCACCAGGAAUCAAGAGCGUCACAUCUCCAGAUCCUCGCUGAGGCCCAUAGAAAAGCCUAUGAAAUUUACCACGAAAAAUAUUCUUCUCAAGGAGGAAAGCUCUCUGUGGUCCUACGAGCUGAAGCAGUCUCCCAGCUCCUGCCAGAACCGUCCACGUCUGUCCUUGCCAAGGAUGCAGUCGACUUCCUCUCUCUUGAUUUGUCUUCUGAAUGUCAAGAAAGUGAGACAAGUUUACCACAAAAGCUGAGAAAAUUGCAGACCAUUGAGCCAAAUGUGAAACUUUUCAUCUUCAGUCUGAAACUCCAGGACUGCCUCUCCACCAGGAAGAACCCAGCCGAUGUGCUCUUCAGCCUCCUCAAAGCCCUAAAUGAAGACCAAGUGUUCACCAUUGGGUUUGAUAUUCAUACAUUCCUGAGCUGUUCUUCAAGUUCCAAGAAAAGCAGGUCUUGUUCUCUGACUGACAGCCUGACGCUUCAGGCUGCCCUGCAGCUGGACCCGGAGACAGCAGUAGACUCCUCACCGCCCCGCUCGGCGUAUCAGGCCGUCUGGGAGACGUUUGCCAACCAGUCCAGGGCAGAACGGGAUGCUCUCCUGCAGGGUGUUUUUCCCGAAGGCUUUCUCUGGGGCGUCUCCACAGGAGCCUUUAACGUGGAAGGAGGCUGGGCUGAGGACGGAAGAGGGGCAAGCGUCUGGGACAGACUCGGGCACCAGGACACCGCCAAAGGCCAAGCGACGCCGGAGGUGGCCAGUGACAGUUACCACAAGGUGGACACUGACGUGGCCCUGCUUCGUGGCCUCCGGGCCCAGGUGUACAAGUUCUCCAUCUCCUGGUCCCGCAUCUUCCCCUCUGGGCAGGGGCACAGCCCCAACCUCCAGGGCGUCGCCUACUACAACAAGCUCAUCGACAGCCUGCUGGACUCCCACAUCGAGCCGAUGGCCACCCUGUUCCACUGGGACCUGCCUCAGGCCCUGCAGGAUCGUGGGGGGUGGCAGAAUGAGAGUGUGGUGGAUGCCUUCCUGGACUACGCGGCCUUCUGCUUCUCCACUUUUGGGGACCGUGUGAAGAUGUGGGUGACCUUCCACGAGCCGUGGGUGAUGAGCUAUGCGGGCUACGGCACCGGUCAGCAUGCGCCAGGCAUCUCUGACCCAGGGGUGGCCUCUUUUAAGGUGGCUCACUUGGUCCUCAAGGCUCACGCCAGGGCUUGGCACCACUACAACAGCCACCAUCGCCCAAGGCAGCAGGGGCGUGUGGGCAUUGUGCUGAACUCCGACUGGGCAGAACCCCUGUCCCCAGAGAGGCCCGAGGACCUGAGAGCAUCUGAACGCUUCCUGCACUUCAUGCUGGGCUGGUUUGCACACCCCAUCUUUGUGGAUGGAGAUUACCCAGCCACCCUGAGGGCCCAGGUCCAACGGGUGAACAAGGGCUGCCCCAGUCCCGUGGCCCAGCUCCCUGAGUUCACCGAGGUGGAGAAGCAGCUCCUGAAAGGCUCUGCCGACUUUCUAGGCCUGUCCCAUUACACUUCCCGCCUCAUCAGCAAGGCCCACCAAGAUACCUGCAUCCCCAGCUAUGAUACCAUCGGAGGCUUCUCCCAACACGUGGAUCCCACGUGGCCCCAGACCGCGUCCCCUUGGAUCCGUGUGGUGCCCUGGGGUAUAAGGAGGCUGUUGCGGUUUGUAUCCUUGGAAUACACAAGAGGAAAAGUUCCAAUCUACCUGGCUGGAAAUGGCAUGCCCAUAGGGGAAGGUGAAGAUCUCCUCCAUGAUUCUUCGAGAGUCACCUACUUCAACCAAUAUAUCAAUGAGGUGCUCAAGGCUGUCAAGGAGGACUCCGUGGAUGUUCGAUCUUACAUUGCUCGUUCUCUCCUCGAUGGCUUCGAAGGCCCCUCUGGGUACAGCCAGAGGUUUGGGCUGUAUCACGUCAACUUCAACGACAGCAGCAGGUCAAGGACUCCCAGGAAGUCUGCCUACUUUCUCACCAGCAUGAUUGAAAAGAACAGUCUCCUCAGCAAGGCAGUCAAAGAACAGCCACCAUCCAGUAGAGCAGACAUCCCCCAGAAAAUCAGAGCCUUCGCUUUUCCAUCCGAGGUGCCCUCCAAGGCUAAGGUAGUUUGGGAAAAGUUCUCCAACCAGCCCAAGUUUGAGAGGGAUUUGUUCUACCAUGGCACGUUCCGGGAUGACUUUCUGUGGGGCGUGUCCUCAUCGGCCUAUCAGAUUGAAGGAGCUUGGGAUGCUGACGGCAAAGGCCCCAGCAUCUGGGAUAACUUUACCCACACCCCAGGGAGCAACGUGAAAGACAAUGCCACUGGAGACGUAGCCUGCGACAGCUAUAACCACCUGAAUGCUGACCUGAAUAUGCUUCGAGCUUUGAAGGUGAAGGCCUAUCGCUUCUCCAUCUCCUGGUCUCGGGUUUUCCCAACCGGGAGAAACAGUUCCAUCAACACACGUGGUGUCGAUUAUUACAACAGGCUGAUCGACGGCUUGGUGGCAAGCAACAUCUCUCCCAUGGUGACACUCUUCCACUGGGACCUGCCCCAGGCCCUCCAGGAUAUUGGAGGCUGGGAGAAUCCUGCCUUGACUGAGUUGUUUAACAGCUAUGCAGACUUUUGUUUCCAGACCUUUGGUGACAGAGUCAAGUUCUGGAUGACUUUUAACGAGCCCACGUAUCAGGCGUGGUUGGGGUAUGGCUCAGGGGAUUUCCCCCCAAACGUGAAGGACCCAGGCUCGGGACCUUACAGGAUUGGCCAUGCAAUCCUCAAAGCUCAUGCCACGGUCUAUCACACGUACGAUGAGAAAUACAGGCAAGAGCAGAAGGGGGUCAUCUCUCUGAGCCUCAGUACACACUGGGCAGAGCCCCAGUCGCCGGGGGUGCCCAGGGACGUGGAGGCAGCUGACCGGAUGCUACAGUUCUCACUGGGCUGGUUCGCCCACCCCAUUUUCCGCAACGGAGACUAUCCCGACGCCAUGAAGUGGAAAGUGGGCAACAGGAGUGAGCUACAGCACUUAGCCACGUCCCGCCUGCCCAGCUUCACUGAGCAAGAGAAGGCCUACAUCAGGGCCACGGCCGACGUCUUCUGCCUCAACACCUACUCCUCCAGAAUCGUGCGGCAUGCAACACCCAGGUUAAACCCGCCCUCCUACGAAGACGACCAGGAGCUGACGGAGGAGGAAGAUCCUUCCUGGCCUUCGACAGCAGUGAACAGAGCUGCGUCUUGGGGGAUGCGAAGACUGCUCAACUGGAUCAAGGAAGAGUAUGGCGACAUCCCCAUUUACAUCACGGAAAACGGAGUGGGGCUGACAGAUCCGGGAGUGGAAGAUACCGAUAGGAUAUUUUACCACAAAACCUAUAUCAAUGAAGCUUUGAAAGCCUACAGGCUUGAUGGUGUCGACCUUCGAGGCUAUGCAGCAUGGUCUCUGAUGGACAACUUUGAGUGGCUGAACGGAUACACAGUCAAGUUUGGACUGUACCAUGUUGAUUUCAAUAAUGUGAACAGACCUCGCACUGCAAGAGCCUCCGCCAGGUACUACACAGAGGUCAUCACCAACAACGGCAUGCCCCUGCCCGCGGAGGAUGAGUUUCUGUAUGGCCAGUUUCCCGAGGGCUUCAUCUGGAGUGCGGCUACUGCUGCAUAUCAGAUCGAAGGUGCAUGGAGAGCAGAUGGCAAAGGACUCAGUAUUUGGGACACGUUUUCUCACACACCACUGAGGAUUGGGAAUGAUGACACUGGAGAUGUGGCCUGUGACAGUUAUCACAAGAUUGCUGAGGAUGUAGUCGCCCUGCAGAACCUGGGUGUGUCCCACUAUCGCUUUUCCAUCUCUUGGACUCGCAUCCUCCCUGAUGGAACCACCAAGUACAUCAAUGAAGCAGGCCUGAACUACUAUGUGCGGCUCAUUGAUGCCCUGCUGGCUGCCAACAUCCAGCCCCAGGUGACCAUUUACCACUGGGACCUGCCCCAGGCACUUCAGGAUGUUGGAGGCUGGGAGAAUGAGACCAUUGUGCAACGGUUUAAGGAGUAUGCAGAUGUGCUUUUCCAGAGGCUAGGGGACAAGGUGAAGUUUUGGAUCACACUGAAUGAGCCCUUUGUUGUGGCUCAGCAAGGCUAUGGCUAUGGAAUAUCAGCUCCAGGAAUCUCCUUUAGGCCUGGCACUGCCCCCUACAUUGUUGGCCACAACCUAAUCAAGGCUCAUGCUGAGGCCUGGCAUCUGUACAAUGAUGUGUACCGCGCCAGUCAAGGUGGCGUGAUUUCUAUCACCAUCAACAGCAACUGGGCUGAGCCUAGAGACCCUUCCAACCAGGAGGAUGUGGAGGCAGCCAGGAGAUACGUUCAGUUUAUGGGAGGAUGGUUCUCGAAUCCUAUUUUCAAGAAUGGAGAUUACCCCGAGGUGAUGAAGACACGGAUCCGGGACAGGAGCUUGGCCGCGGGCCUCAACGAGUCUCGGCUGCCCGAGUUCACAGAGAGUGAGAAGAGGAGGAUCAAUGGCACCUAUGACUUUUUUGGGUUCAAUCACUAUACCACUGUCCUGGCCUACAGUUUCAACUAUGCCACAUGGCUCUCCUCCUUUGAUGCAGACAGGGGAGUGGCCUCGAUUACAGAUCGCUCUUGGCCAGACUCUGGCUCCUUCUGGCUGAAGAUGACACCUUUUGGCUUCCGGAGGAUCCUGAACUGGUUAAAGGAGGAGUACAACAACCCCCCGAUUUAUGUAACGGAGAACGGGGUGUCCCAACGAGAAGAAUCAGACCUCAAUGACACUGCAAGGAUCUACUAUCUCCGCAGUUACCUCAACGAGGCACUCAAAGCUGUGCAGGACAAGGUGGACCUUCGAGGAUACACGGUUUGGACUCUGAUGGACAACUUUGAGUGGGCCACAGGCUUUGCAGAGAGGUUUGGUCUGCAUUUUGUAAACUACACUGACACUUCUCUGCCAAGGAUCCCCAAAGCCUCGGCCAAGUUCUACGCCUCCAUAGUCCGGUGCAACGGCUUCCCUGACCCUGCGGCAGGGCCACACCCUUGUCUCCAGCAAGAAGGUGCUGAGCCCACCAUCAGCCCCAUGAGCCAGGAGGACGUUCAGUUCCUGGGGCUAACACUGGGUACCACAGAGGCCCAGACGGCGCUGUAUGUACUCUUUGCUCUUCUGCUUCUUGGAGUCUGUGGUGUGGCAUUUCUGUCCUACAAGUACUGUAAGCGCUCCAAGCAAAAGGAAACACAACCAGGUGAACAGGAAUUGAACCGUAUUUCUUCCUUCUGACCCACAAGUUCCCACCUCCUCCACUUCUGCAAAUUAGGCCUACUUUCUUUGCAAGCCUUUGCACCCCCGGGACCACUGAGGAUCUUACACUCUGCUCCUACCAGAUUGCUCUGUAAAAGCCUCUGCGCUGUUAGAAAUUAAGUGACCCUUGUUGAAGGAUUUCAAGUCCCUGAUUAAAAUGGAAAUAUCCCCAUCUUGCCCCAGAAUCAGGAAUUCAUUUGGGCGUGAGAUCACCCUGCAAGUGGCUCCUGUGGGAACGUGUAGGUACUGAACUCAUCUCUUGGUUCUGUGAGCCACUUAAUUCAGCUCAAAGGAGCUGUUUUAAGUGUCUGAGAUUUUAAAGGUGAACACAUGAGUAACAACCAUACCUAUCCCUUCCCUUUGCAUAAAAAAAAAAAAAAAAUCAGCUGCAGAAGUUUUCGUUGUAGCUCAGCAGAAACAAACCUGACUAGUAUAUCCUGAGGAUGCGGGUUCAAAUCAAUCCCUGGCCUCUCAGUGGGUUAAGGAUCCAGCAUUGUCGUGGGCUGUGGGGGAGGUCGCAGACAGUCUUGGAUCUGGUGUUGCCGUGGAUGCGGAUGUAGCCGGCAGCUACAGCUCCAAUUUGACACCUAGCCUGGGAACCUCCCUGUGCCAUGAGUGUGCCCCUAAAGAAAGAAAGAUCAGCUGCAGUGUCACCUCUUGUCCUCUCUCUUCAAGUUCCCUCCCAGUCUAUUACUCUGUGUUCCUUCUUUUUUUUUUUUUAAUUUUAAUUUUUUUUAUAUUUAUUUAUUUAUUUUUGUCUUUUUUAGGGGUGCAUCUCGACAUAUGGAAGUUCCCAGCCCAGGGGUUGUCCUACACCACAGCCACAGCAACACCAGAUCCAGGUCCCGUCUGCAACCUACUAUACCACAGCAUGGCAAAGCCAGAUCCUAAACCCCCUGAGCAAGGCCAGGGAUCAAACCUGUGUCCUCAUGGAUGCUAGCCAGAUUCUUUUCCGCUGAGCCAUGAUGGGAACGCCUACCUUGCGUUUCUUAAAAAGGCUCUGUCACCCACCCGACCCGUCUUGAAACACGGACCAAGGAGUGUAACACGUGCGUGAGUCAGGGGCUUGUCGACCACCCACCCGACCCCUCUUAAAAAAAGGCUCUGUUACUUGUGUCCUAGCUUUUAGGGGUGUUUCUCCUGGAGAAGGCAGGUUCCACAGAAAUUAUGAAGUCACGCAAUCCCUUUGGGGCUGUGAGCUUUCCCACCAGACCCAGACCUUCUGCUUAUGUUACAUAUUCCUGGGGACACAGACACCAUAACAGAUAAAAAACAGUGACCGUUGAAUGAUCCUUUAUUCUCCCCAUUGCCACUUUGUGCGUCCUUUCUGCCUCUCCCCUGUCUUUAGGAUGACUUUUAUGGACAAUCUUCAAGUAUAUGAACUGAUCUUGGUUCGUUUAGCCUGCUUCCCUUCUUUCUCUCUCAAUGUGUGAUGCUUCUGAACUCCUUGGAAGUCCUGACUACCCCAUAUUCCUUUGUGUCUUUGCAAAUGCUAUUCCUUCUGCCCAGAUGUCCUUUCUUUCUAAAAAAGGCUUCAAGUCUCAGCUCAAAUAAUGUACUUUCCCCUCUGGCCCCCCCCCCCUGAUUUCGCCAGACGAACACUCCUUCCUCCACUUGGCCUGUAGAUAUCCCCCUUUAUCCCUCCACCACAUUACACUGGAACUGCGUAUUUCUCUAUUAGCUUCUUGAGGCUAAAGGACCAUGUUUCACUGUCUCUAGCAAGCAUGUGUGGAGACAGGGCAGAGGAAGUACACCUGCUCCUUCUGUGUGUUUAUUCACAAAACCCUUUCAGAGUAGUGAUGGGUCUCUAUCAAUUCCCCUGAAAUAAUGCUAAUGAGACAGUUACAGUAUGGGAUACUUAUUUGGCCUAUGUAUUCUUCCUAGGUAUCUGGGAGAAUGUUUUUUUAAAAGUAGAAUAGUUAUCAGCUAGUUUUAAAAGGCUGAUCAUGCUUGAAAUUUUGCUUCUUGUAAGCAUUCCUUACUUAAUUUUUUUUUCUAUAGAAAAUUCCUAUAGAAAUAUUUCACUGCCGUGGGCCCCAACCUGACCGUCAGAAACUUGUGCAGCAUGAACAUUUUUCUCCCAUCAAUAGAUAGGAAAUUUUAUCAGAUGGGUGAGGAUGGUUCUAAAACUGAUAUUGGAGACAUUCCUUGCGUAGAGAGACUUGUUUUUUGUUUUUGUUUUUUGUUUUUUUGCCUCUUCUAGGGCCGCUUCCCAUGGGAUAUGGAGGUUCCCAGGCUAGGGGUCUAAUCAGAGCUGUAGCCACCGGCCUACGCCAGAGCCACAGCAACACGGGAUCUGAGCCGCGUCUUCGACCUACACCACAGCUCACGGCAACACCGAAUCCUCGGCCCACUGAGCAAUGCCAGGGAUCAAACCCACAAGCUCAUGGUUCCUAGUUGGAUUUGUUAACCACUGUGCCACAACGGGAACUCCGAGACUCAGUAUUACAAGCUGUCAGUUAUACCUACAUUAAUCUCAAAAGUUAAUACAACUUUUUUUUUGUGAAGGGGGACAUGAAAAAAAUAACAAAGUUUCACAUGAAAUAAACCUAUGGAAAGAGUCAGAAUAAAUCUAAGGGAUGGAAAAUUUUAAAACAUAAAAUUAUUUAUUAAAAAGUAAUUUGGUAGCAGAGAGAAUAGAAAGAUCAAUAACAGAAAACAUUCUAGACAUAGACCAACUGCAUAUGGGAAUAGAGUAAAUGACUUGGCACCCUGACAAAUUGGGGGCAGGGAGAUAGGAGUCAAUUGAUCAUUCUAUAAAUAGAGGUGAGUGACAGAUCAGCUCUUAAGGAUGUUAGCCACAAGUGUUGGAAGGGAGACACAUUCCCUAACUUGGAUACAAGAUACUAAUGUAAAUAAAUGAAACCAUAGGAAUGCUAGAAUACAUAGGUGAAUUUUUUAUUACUUUUUGAAGUGGGAAAGGUAUUUUAUAAGCAAGACUUAAGACAGAGGCCAUAAGGAAAAGCAAUAAUAAAUAUGACCAAAUAAAAAUUGUGGCAAGAGGUGUUCCUAUCAUGGCACAGUUAGUUAAGGAUUUGUUAUUGCCGCAGCUGUGGCAUAGUUCACAGCUAUGGCUUGGAUUUGAUCCCUGGACCAGGAACUACCACAUAUGCUGUGGGUGCGGCCAAAAAAAAAAAAAAAAAAAAAAAAAUUUGUGGUAAGAAAUUAUCAUCAACAUACUCAUUAUAAGAUAAACAGGAAGAAAAUAUUUAUAGCAUAUGCUAGACGAAGGGCUGAUUUUCCUAAUAUACAUGAAAUUCUUGUAAAUCUAUAAGAAAGAGAUGCAAAACAAAAUGAAAAUUGGCAAAAAAAAAGUCAGUUCUCAGAAAAUGAAUCAAAAUGACAAUAAUAUUAAAAGAUGCUCUUCUUCAUUCAUAAUCAGCACAAUGGAUAUAAAAUGCAUACCAUUUGUCACCUAUCAUGUUGACAAUGAUGAAGAAGAAUAAUACUGUGUUGGCAAGGAUGUGGGGAAAUCAGCAUUCUUCUACACUUUAGGGAGGCUGUAAACUCACAGAGCCUGUAGAGGAGGCAAUUUGACAGCAUCUUUUAUAAUCUAAAUUGCAAACACCCUUUGACUCAAUAAGUUACAGGUAUGUUUCCACAGCUAAGAAGAUACCUUCCCAAAGAUGUUUACUGUAGCAAUGUUUGUAACAGAAAAACAGAAACAAGCCCUUCAAAUUACCAAUGAACAGAGAAUGGAUAUGUUGGAGAACAUUUAUCAACAAAAGGCCAUGCAACCAUUAAUAGGAAUGAGGUAGCUGUGUGUUAAUGGGAAAUAUCUUCAAGACUGUGUAUGUAAAAAAUGAAGAUGCAGAGAAAUAUAUGUAUAAUACAAUCCCAUUUAUUUAAAAAAAUAAGGAUUAAAUGUUUCGAAUAUACACGUGAAAUUUUUCUAAAGAUUACAAAAGAAACUGUUAAUAAAGGUUACUUCUGGGAACUAGGGCAGGGGUAUGAUGCAAGGAAGAAGAUGUCAUUUUGUAGCCUUCUAUGCUGUUUUGAAUAUUUUUUUUUUUCUUUUUUGGCUGCACCCAGGGCAUAGGUAAGUUCCCAGGACAGGGAUCGAAACCGAGCUGCAGCUGUGAGCUACACCAGAGCUAUGGGAAUGCUGGAUCCUUAACACACUUCACCAGGCUCGGGAACAAACUGGUAUCUCCACAGAAACAAGCUGUAUCAUAACCCACUGCACCACAGUGGGGAACACCCACGUUUUGAAGUUUUUACCAUGUAUACUUUUUUGGUGGGGCUACACCUUGCCAAGUGUUCCUGGGAUAGAUAGAGAUAGAAAGUGAGCCUCAGCUGCAAUGACAAUGCAGGGUCUUUAAUGCACUGCAUCACAAGAGAACUCAUAUUGUGUAUACUUUUUAAAAUAUAAAAUUAAGGAAGGAUCCUCAUACUCAAAGAUUGUGAACUAUUCUUUUAUGCACAUUUUUCUAAGACCUAUAUUUGAUUUUUUUCAAAGCAAACUUUUUUUUUUGUCUUUUUGCCAUUUCUUGGGCCGCUCCCACAGCAUAUGGAGGUUCCCAGGCUAGGAGUCUAAUUGGAGCUGUAGCCACCGGCCUAUGCCAGAGCCACAGCAACGCGGGAUCCAAGCCGCGUCUACGAUCUACACCACAGCUCACGGCAACGCCGGAUCGUUAACCCACUGAGCAAGGCCAGGGAUUGAACCUGCAACCUCAUGGUUCCUAGUCGGAUUUGUUAACCAGUGAACCAUGCCGGGAACUCCCAAGAGAAACUUUUUAAAAAUCGCAUACUGAUAUUUUAAAGAUGAGAAAAAUAAAUAGGACGCUUGCUGGAGAGGUUUCUUUUUCAAACUCAUUUUUUAAAUUAUGGAAGUAAUAUAAUUGCAGAAAAUCAGAAAACAUGUAAGGGUCCAAAAAAUAACUAAAAUCAUAUAUAACCCCUCUUACCAUGGUUAAGAUUUCAUGCAUUUUCUUUAUUCUUUACAUUUUUAAUACAUGGUACUAUCUAUAUAUAAAAUGUGUUUAGAAAGCUGAGAUCAUACUGUACCUACAAGAUUACUCCCUUUUUCAAACAUUCUUAGUUUAGUGUCUCCAUUACCAUAAACAUAAAGUAGCAUUAAGUCAGAUUGAGGAUCUCCUUAAAAUUCUUAAGAAUAACCAAAUGAGCAAAAGGCAGGUCUUAAUUCGCUGUUUCUCAUCCUACACUGCAGGUACUGUAGUUCUUUGAAGUGUGAUUAUCAUUAUCAAGAGCAAAACUAUAGUUUGUUUGUUUGUUUAUUUAUUUAUUGUCUUUUUGUAUUUUGUUUGUUUAUUUAUUUAUUUAUUGUCUUUUUGUAUUUUCUAGGGCCGAUCUCGAGGCAUAUGGAGGUUCCCAGGCUAGGGGUCGAAUCGGAGCUGUAGCCACCAGCCUACACCAGAGCCACAGCAACUCGGGAUCUGAGCCGCGUCUGAGACCUACACCACAGCUCACGGCAACGCCGGAUCCUUAACCCACUGAGCGAGGCCAGGGAUCGAACCCACAACCUCAUGGUUCCUAAUUGGAUUCGCUUACCACUGAGCCACGAUGGGAACUCCCACCAGUGUUUUUUUUGCAUCUGAUGAGAACAAAGACCUUAGCAUUGUGGAAACAAAGUAAUGCCUCCCUGACUUAAGAGAGAGAGAGUAACUAGCUUGUCAGUGUGUGUCAGGAGAUGUCUUCCCUCAGUGACAGUUAAGGUAAGGCGGUCGCCUCCUCUCUUGGGACAGCUCCAGGGCAGUACUGAAGGGGUGGGGGAAAUCAGGGACCCAUGACCUCAACAGACACCUGUGCAUCAGAAAGUUGCUAGGAUAGCAAACCUUAAAGCAAAAAUAAGAUCGCUCUGGUUUUUGGAAAAGAUUUUUUUAUUCAGUAUUUAAGUAAGAUUAAAAACUACAAGAUUUUGCUUGCAGCUGAUGAGCAAAAGGAGAAAAGUUAAGCCUAGAUUAUCAUCUGAUAGGCUAGUUAAAAUGCUCUGACUCAGAGUCAGAUUACUCCGUGACAUACCAGUUACUCUGGGUUUAGGAGUUCUGAAGCAAAACAGCCCUAAACAAAACCUGUCAUCUUAAGAGCACAGGGCUAACGGGUACAUGAAAUACUGAAUAAGAGAGCUGAUAAAGGGAGGUUGUCGCAGACCUUUUGAUUUUGUUGUUGUUGUUGUUUUUAGGCUUCUAGCAGUUGGUUACCAUAUACAAGGACCUAGCAGCCAGUUAUUUUCUCUCUUGACUUGUCUGAGUUAAACAACUUGAACCCACUAAGCAGGAAUAAAGAGACACUUGGUAGUGAGUUGGAAAA